AUGAAUGCCAUUGUUGCCCAUUGGAAGUCGUUCAAAAGAAAAAGUAUUAUUCAGGAGGAAGUCGACAUCAACCUCAACGACCCACAAGUUGGUGAAGCAGCUAAGAAAAUUCAGAAUGUGUUCAGAACUGGAGUACCUAUUUCAUUCUCGUAG